UAGUUCAGUUUUUGCACAAGGCGCAAUUGUCUGUUCUCGCGUUCCUCAAAUAUAAAUUUGCAUUGAUUAUUUUACUGUAUCCUUUAAAAGGCAAAAACAAUUAAAAACUUCGUACAAAAUGACUAGCAAAGUGCCAACCGUAAAGCUAAACAGUGGUCACAAUAUUCCCAUCCUUGGUUUGGGAACCUGGAAUAGCCCUCCCGGCCAAGUGACUGAGGCUGUGAAAACUGCUAUCGAUGUGGGAUAUCGUCACAUUGACUGUGCCUAUGUUUAUGAGAAUGAACCUGAGGUCGGUGCAGGAAUUGAGGCCAAGCUCAAAGAGGGAGUUGUCAAGCGCGAGGAUCUGUUCGUAACCAGCAAGUUGUGGAAUACUUUCCAUCGUCCGGAUUUGGUGAAAGGCGCUUGUGAGAAUACCUUGGACUUGCUAAAAAUCAAAUAUUUGGAUCUGUACUUAAUUCAUUGGCCAAUGGGCUUCAAGGAGGGAUGUGAUCUCUUCCCAGCCGAUAAGGAUGGUAAAACUCUAUACUCGCCCGUGGAUUACGUCGACACCUGGAAGGAAAUGGAGAAACUGGUCGAAGCUGGUCUGGUCAAGUCAAUUGGUGUCUCCAAUUUCAACAAAAAACAAAUCGAACGCAUCUUGGCGGUUGCUAAAAUUCCUCCAGCCACAAAUCAGAUCGAAUGCCAUCCAUAUCUGACACAGAAGAAACUGUCAGAGUUCUGUAAAUCAAAGAAUAUUGCCAUAACAGCUUACAGUCCGUUGGGAAGCCCCAAUCGUCCCUGGGCCAAGGCCGGUGAUCCUGUCAUCUUGGAAGAAGAAGCCAUCAAGAAAAUUGCUAAGAACAAAAAGAAGACCCCUGGACAGAUUCUGAUUCGCUAUCAGAUCCAACGUGCCAAUAUUGUUAUUCCCAAAUCUGUGACCAAAGAGCGCAUCGAAUCGAACUUCAAAGUCUUUGACUUUGAGCUAACCGCUGAGGAAAUCAAGACCAUUGAAGGAUUUGAAUGUAAUGGUCGUCUGGUUCCAUUGGUGAAAGAGGCUGGUAAACAUAAGUACUAUCCAUUUCACGAUGAGUAUUAAGUUCAAUCAAAAAGAAACCUUUCGUUCAAUAUAAUACCAUUUCGGUCAUCCACAUCAUCCAUUCGAGAAGGAUGAGUACUAGUUGGGCACCAUUCUUUUGAUGAAUCCUAUACAUAUUGUACACAUGUUAUUUAAAUAUAUGGUAUUCAAUUACACAUUAUUUAAAUAAGAGAAUAAAUAUGCUGGCAUAAUCAUAAUAUGCUGAGAACAACUCAAA